AUGGCAGAUAAAACUGCUCCCAUGAUAGCCUCUGUGCCAAAUCACUCACCAACUAAUCUCACCACUUCCCUAUGGGAGCCCAAUCCUACAGUUCCUGCGGAUUUAGGCGUCGUCACAAGCUCCCAGUCUCAGAUCAAAGACCUUUUUGGGUUGUUCUGCAUGGUGACCCUUAACCUCAUUGCUUUGUUGGCCAACACUGGUGUGAUGGUGGCCAUUGCCCGUGCUCCUCACCUGAAGAGGUUUGCUUUCGUGUGUCACCUUUGUGCAGUAGACCUGCUGUGUGCCAUCCUCCUCAUGCCUUUGGGUAUCAUAUCCAGCUCAGCGUUUUUUGGCACUGUGGUGUUUACUAUUCUGGAGUGUCAGGUUUACAUUUUUCUCAACGUUUUCCUCAUCUGUCUCUCCAUUCUCACCAUCACAGCCAUCAGUGUGGAGCGUUACUUCUAUAUCGUACACCCCAUGCGCUACGAAGUCAAGAUGACCAUCAACCUUGCUAUUGGUGUUAUGCUCCUAAUCUGGGUCAAAUCAGUCCUCUUAGCUUUGAUCACGCUGUUUGGAUGGCCAGCUUAUGGACAUCAUAGUUCUAUUGCUGCAGCUCACUGCUCUCUUCACGCAAGCCACAGUCGUCUAAGAAGUGCAUUUGCUGUGUUCUUCAGCGUGGUUUGUUUCCUGGUUCCUGCAGUGGUUAUCUUUGCCGUCUACGGUUCUGUGUACAAGGUAGCUCGUUCUGCAGCCCUGCAGCAAGUCCCUGCUGUGCCAACGUGGGCAAAUGCAAGCCUUGCUAAGAACCGCUCAGACUCCAUCAACAGCCAGACCACCAUAAUCACCACCACCCGUACUCUGCCCCAAAGACUAUCUCCAGAAAGGGCCUUCAGUGGAGGAAAGGCUGCCCUUACUUUGGUAUUAAUUGUAGGUCAGUUCUUUGUUUGUUGGUUGCCCUACUUCAUCUUCCACCUGCAAAUGUCACUGACUGGCUCCAUGCACAGCCCCGGGGAUUUAGAGGAGGCAGUCACCUGGCUAGCAUACUCCUCCUUUGCAGUUAAUCCGUUCUUCUACGGCCUGUUAAACAGGCAGAUCAGAGAAGAACUGGUCAAGUUUCGGCGCUGCUGCCUGACCCAGCCGGCGGAGUUUGGGACAUCCAGCCAUGAGGGUUCCCUUCAGGAGAACUUCCUCCAGUUCAUCCAGAGAAAUAUCAGCACAGCUGAAACCACAUCCAGCACGGCCAACUCCCGUCCCAGAAACAUUGUGGAUCCGGGCAUAAAGAUCCCUGGACUACCUGAGGAGCACGCUUAG